AUGGCCAACACAAAAAGACUCCUUGGCCUUAUGGUCCUUGUCGCCUGGGCUGAGGCAUUUUGGAGAAUGUCUUGCAGUAUUAUCCAAACUGGCAGAGUUGAUCCUAUAAUCGCCCCUGGAACAUUCUCAGCACAUGUUCACAAACUUUCUGGUGCCAGUAACAUUGGCAUUGACUCAACGUUCGAAAGCCUACAAGCCUCGAGAUGUACUUCGUGUGAAGUGCAAGACGACAAAUCGGCUUACUGGACACCCCAGCUGUUCUACCAGCAUGCAAAUGGCAGCUUCCAGAUGGUGCCAAACGAUGGCACUGUCAUUUACUAUCUCGGCCGCGGCGAGAACAGAUCAAACAUCGAGCCAUUCCCACCAGGCUUCAAGAUGCUGUCUGGAGACAACUUUGUACGAUCUUACGAUUCCAAGAACAAAACAUACAGCAACUCCCGGUUCAAGGGUCGUUCAAUCGCAGACAGAGUCAGCUUUGCGUGCCUCGAUAGCUCUGGACCUUCAAAAGAGCGCAACUACAUGUGGAAAACGGACUGCGACAAUGGCAUGAGAGCGCAGAUUCAUUUCCAGUCAUGUUGGAAUGGCCAGGAAUACCAGCGUAACCAGAGUCAUGUUGCCUACUUGUCACAGAUAGACAACGGAAUUUGCCCUCCGAGCCAUCCGCGCCAGCUCCCUCAUCUUUUCUUUGAGGUUAUUUAUGGCGUCAAUCAGAUCGACAAGAGCAAAGGUGGGAGAUUCGUUUUUGCAAAUGGCGACACAACUGGAUACGCGUUUCACGGCGACUUUCUCAAUGGCUGGGACGAGGCUGUGCUUGCGGCUGCUGUCAAAAAGUGCCUCAACAACGACAGUAUUAACGGCCAAAUAUCCAAAUGUCCCAUACUCGCUGCUUCGCAGACGCCAUACUUUAGCGACAACUGUCCCGAGAUGGCACCUCUUGUCGAUGAGAACGUUCGAGGCAUGCUUGACGCCCUUCCAGGUUGUAUCAAACCCUUUAGCGGCCCGGGUAGAGCGUCACCAGCAGUGUGCGACUCAAAACCUGCUAUAAAUGAUCUUGGAGACGCGGGCCUUGGAUCGAUGUUUGAUCCCUCUCCAGGUGACAUGGUUGGUUCAUGGUCUUAUGUUGGUUGUGCUGCGGAGGGCACUCGCCGAACACUGAACAAAUAUUCUACCAACUCUGGUAAAAUGUCUAUUGAGUAUUGCACAGCGUCUUGCAAAGCUCAAGGCUACCCUCUCGCUGGCAUGGAGUGGGGUAAAGAGUGUUAUUGCGCCGGAGAACUUAGUGCCGGUGCAUCAUACAUUAAAGCCUCAGCCUGCGCAUCUACUAGGAAGAUGAUAUGCGCGGGCAAUAUGACACAAUAUUGCGGAGGACCUAGCUUACUCACCAUUUGGAACGACAAUUCUUAUACGCCGCCAGCCGAGCUUGUUGUCGGCCAGACCGAAAUCGCCAAGGGCAUGGCCACUUAUCAAGGCUGCUGGGCUGAGGGUAGUUCUGGACGGGCGCUCUCAUCAGACCGUACUGCAGAUUCUGUAGGAAUGACCAACGAGAAAUGCGUCGCGUUCUGUCAGGCAGGUGGCUGGACCUAUGCUGGCACUGAGUAUUCGCAAGAAUGCUACUGUGGCAAUGACAUUGGCAACGGCGGAUACGACACGAACGACAUCUCCCAAUGCUCAAUGCAGUGCAAAGGUAACAUAUUUAGUUACUGUGGUGCGGGCAACAGACUGAGCGUCUGGAAGAUCAAGCCAGCCGAAAAGCCCAACGGACCGAUCACGGCACUCAAUGGCGCUGCUCUCUGGACAGGCUGUUAUACAGAUGGAGGAGCAGGUGGACGUACACUGCCGAGUGCAACCUUCACAGGAUCGUCCGUUUCGCUUGAUACAUGCUUCGCUUUCUGCAACAAGCUCAACUAUCCACUGUUUGGCAUGGAGUACGGGCGAGAAUGCUAUUGUGGAUAUGCGCCAAAGACACAGGCAACUGUUGCGCCCGAUGGCGAUUGCAAGAUGCCUUGUGCUGGCGAUUCUACCCAGAAAUGUGGUGCCGGUAACCGAAUAUCCAUUUGGAACAACACUAUGUACACCCCAACUGUCAGCACUGAGGGACUGAACAGCCCCCCUAAGUAUCUCGGCUGCUAUACAGAAGGCAUCGAGGCUCGAGCUCUUGGUGAUGCAAAAACAACAGACAAGACUAAAAUGACUGUCGAGACUUGCGCAGCAUUUUGCUCAAGUAAAGGCUAUCCUUAUCUGGGAGUUCAGAAGGGACAGGAUUGCUACUGCAGCAAGAAGGGGCCUUCCAAUGGCAGUGUUGAAGCACCGGCAUCUCAAUGCGGUAUGGCAUGCAAAGGCGACAAGACACAGAAGUGCGGUGCGACCAAACGGCUCAACGUCUACAAGCUUGCGAGGGUAUCCAAGACCAGCUCAACAGCCAAAUCGACGUCGAAAGUUGUGGCCCAGGUUCAAGGUCAAAAGCCUGCCUCCAAGUCAACAACCCUUUUGAAGGCAACCUCGACAAAGAAGUCCAAGCCAACAUCAAAGACGAAAACCACAUCCACAGCAAAACCCAAGACAUCACCAAAGGUAGACAAGGCUAAGGUACAGGGACCCCCCGCCAAAGCCACCACUACAAUGAAGAGUAAUGUGGUAACGAAAGCAAAGAAUAAGAAACCGACUAUAACCACAUCAACCAAGCCGAAGAAGACGACGAAAACGGGGACGAGAAGAUGA